AUGAGAAAUGCUCCCCAAUGUGUUUCUAGCGCCCUUCCUACCGUACCAUACUAUACUCUAGCUAUAGUUGGAUCUCCUCGCUUUUCCAUAGUUCAUACCGUACACACUGUCUGUGAAUAUAGCAUUCAAACAAAAUUUUCUAGAAAGAUGCAAGAGAAGAAAAAGGCGCAUAAAAACUGA